AUGACCAAGCUGAACUAUGAAAAUGGGAAGCCUCAAAUGGAUGCCGGCGUUGAGAAUUACUUCAAGCGAAUUCGGGAGGAAUUCCCCUUCUUCAAGAGGGAGAAUUGCCCUGUGUACUUCGACAGUGCGGCCACGACCCAGAAGCCGGACUGCGUCAUAAGGAGACUGACCGACUUCUACUCCAGCGAGAAUGCCAACAUCCACCGAGGGAUUUACAAAAUGAGCCUGGACGCGACGAACAGAUACGAACAAGUGAGGAAGAAGAUAAAGAAUUACAUCAACUGCGAAAGGGAGGAUGAAAUUAUAUUCACAAGCGGCACGACACACGGGCUGAACCUCAUCUGCAGCAUGCUGAUGGAUCGAGUAAUCCAAAGAAGGAGAGACGAAAUAUACCUCACCUAUUUGGAACACCACUCCAAUAUAGUGCCCUGGCAAGAACAAGUAAAGAGGAAAAAAGAAGGAAAAAUCAAAUACAUCCCGCUGAAGAGUACCGGCUACAUUCACAUCAAGAAGUUACAAAAGAGGAUCAACAAUAACACCAAAAUCAUUUCAAUAAGUCACGUAUCCAAUGUAUUAGGAAACAUUCAGAGGUUAUCUGCCAUUAUAAGGGCAGUCAGGGAGGUAAACAAAAAUGUCAUUGUCGUCGUAGAUGCUGCUCAAAGUUUUGCACACAUAAGAUAUGACCUCAAACGGAUGGAAGCGAAUAACUCCUGCCCUGAUGUGCUAAUCGCAUCGGGACAUAAAUUUUGUGCACCUUUGGGCUGUGGUUUUAUUUACUUAAAAAACACCUUAACAUGUUCAUACAAAUUUGGACCACUUUUGUACGGAAGCAAUAUGAUAACAAGUGUUGGUAAAUAUGAAUCCGAGUUUGCGUCCUCCCCGCAUCUCUUCGAGUCUGGCACGCAGAACAUCGCGGGGAUCAUUUCCAUGGGUGUCGCCAUUGACUUUUUGAACAAGAUCGACCACAACCUUCUGUGCCGCUACGAGAUGUACCUCUACGAUCUUCUCGUCUACCAUUUGGGUCAGCACUUGCAAGGGGGCCUGGUGCAGCUCCCGGGAGAAAGGGGCGUAAUGAGUGGCAACAAUCGAAGCAGCGGCACUAGCAGUGUGCCUAUUGGCAGAAGCCGCGAGGACGACCAGUGCAGACUCUACAUACACAACAUCCGAAAGGACAAGGGAAAAAAAAUUCCUAUACUACCCCUGUGGUCAGACCAGUUCACCUCCUUCGAUUUGGUAACCUUCCUUGAUUUCAAGAAUGUGUGCAUCCGGUCUGGUCACCACUGUGCGUCCCUACUGCUGAAGGAGUUCUUGCGAAUACCCGACUGCGCGCGCGUUUCGCUUUUCUUUUAUAACACCCCCGAGGAGGUUCAGUACGUCGCUGAGCAGAUCGCGUCCGUUGCGCGAAUGUUGAGUGGGAUGAACAGGGGGAAGUACGAGUAA